UCAGCCUGCUCGCUCAGUCGCCAUGGGAACCAAAUUCUUCAGGGCUGGGAACAGAUGCGCCUUUGGCCUUUUCACUCCCACUAGUGCUCCGUGGAAGGGGGCCUUUACCUCCCGAGUCAGGACCCUGGAGACCCGUGCUCAGCUCCUCCUUCCCGCUCCCCAUGGUGGACUCCUUGUCCCUCCAGCCCGGGGCCAGUCUUCGGAAGCUGCAGUCUCCUGGCGGGGCAGGCAGGGCCCUAUAGUCUCUAUGGGUGGUGGACAAGGAGGUGGAGCUGACAGUCUCGGUGUCUCCAUUCUCCCAGGAUGCUUGCCCUUUCCUGGACAGGACUCCUAAGCAGUGCUACCUUGCCAGUCCGGCCCCACCAGCUGGGGAGGCGGUUGACCUCAUCUUAAAGAUUGGGAGAUGGAGGUCCCUGCUGGGCACUGAUCUGAGGGGGCGGGAGUCGUGUGGGGUUCCCCCCACCUCUCUGUGAGUCACUGCCCUAUGUGGGCUGCUGCUCUGACUCCCUGGGAUGAGUGAGGGGGCAGGUACUGGGAGCUGGAGCUGAGCAGCGCCCCUCCCCUAGGGACCUUCUCACCUCAAAAUGCAGCCCACAGCCACCAUGGCCAUGACUGCCACCGCCGCCACCACGGCCACCCUGACCACGACGUGGGACAAUACCACAGGCCGCCCCACUGCGGAGCCUGACCCCGUCUUGGACAACUAUAUGCUGGUGGUGGUGGUGAUGUCGCUCUUUGUUGGGGGAACCCUCGUGGUGCUGUCUGGUGUGUUGCUCCUGUGCAGGCGCUGCUGGGAAGUCCACCAGGGCUUCAACAGAGCCACGGAGGAGGCAGAGAAGACAACCACCACCUACCUGGACACCAGCACCCACCCAGUCCAAGACCCUGAAUUGAGGGGGGAGGACCUCGAGGGCCAGGAUGCAGAGACCGAGCGCUUCCUGUCCACCAGCUCUACCGGCCGCCGCGUGUCCUUCAAUGAGGCAGCCCUGUUUGAGCAGAGCCGGAAGGCGCAGGACAAGGGCCGAAGGUAUACCCUGACAGAAGGGGACUUCCACCACCUGAAGAAUGCUCGCCUCACCCACCUGCACCUGCCGCCCCUCAAGAUUGUCACCAUCCAUGAGUGUGACUCCAGCGAAGCCAGUGCCACCGCCAUGCCUCACCCCUCAGUGCCUCCCAAGGCCAGCCUGGCCAUAUUCCAGCUGGAUGCGGCUGCCAGGAGCACCAAGCCUGGUGGGCUGGGGGCCUCUGCGGGGCCCCGGGAGGCAGGCCCAGGCUCUGGGGCAGGCCCAGUCCUGCAGUUCUUCACCCGCCUGAGGCGCCAUGCCAGUUUGGAUGGGGCCAGCCCCUACUUCAAGGUCAAGAAAUGGAAGCUGGAGCCCAGCCAGCGGGCAUCAAGUCUGGACACAAGAGGCUCCCCCAAGCGGCAUCACUUCCAGCGACAGCGAGCAGCCAGCGAGAGCAUGGAGCAGGAGGAGGGGGACACCCCUCACACGGACUUCAUCCAGUACAUUGCCAGCACAGGCGCUGCUCUGGCCUUCCCGCCCCCCUGCCCCUUUCUGGCCAGCCCCACCAGCCCGUCCCCCGCUCUCGGCAGGCUAGAGGUGGAGGAGGAGGAGGCAGGCGCCGCGGGAGGAGUGAACCCCGAGCCCCCCUGGGAGCGCAGCAUAGGUGGUGCGGGGCCUGACCAGCAGCAGGAGUCAGACAGUGAGCGGGAUGCGGGGCUGGAGCACACCCAGACCAUCUACCGCGACAUCUGGAGCCUCCGUGCCUCACUUGAGCUGCACGCGGCCACCGCCUCAGACCACAGCAGCAAUGACCGCGACUCGGUGCGCAGCGGCGACAGCUCUGGCUCAGGGGGCACAGCGCCCGCCUUCCCACCGCCCUCACCGCCACCCACGCUGCGGCCCUCGGACAGUGAGGUGGGAGGGCCGCGCAAGCUGCUGCAGAUGGACAGUGGCUAUGCCAGCAUCGAGGGGCGCAGCACGGGCGACGAUGGGCCUCCCGGUGGGCCCGAGAAGCACGCCUCCUUCUCUAGUGUGGGCCACACAACCACCGUGGGGGGCAGCUUUGAUGGGACACCAGCGGAGGAGUUCCCCUGGCCGCGCAGCCCGCGCGCCUGGCCCCGCCGCACACCACGACGGGACUACAGUGUGGAUGAGAAGACUGAUGCGCUCUUCCAUGAGUUCCUGCGCCACGACCCACACUUUGACGACGCCCCGCCCAGCACUGCACGCCAUCGAGCUCGUGCGCACCCACACACCCACAUGCGCAAGCAGUGGCAGCAGCGCGGCCGGCAGCACAGUGACCCCGGCGGCGAGCGCACUGCGCCUUCUGCACCGCCUGGGCCGGAACCCCGCCCCGCGCGCGCGCCUCUGCGCCGUGGGGACAGCGUCGACUGCCCAACCGACAGCCGUACAGGUGAAGACCCAGCCGGCCCUCCAGCGCCCACCAUCCCUGCCAUCGAAGAGGAGCCUGGCGGCGGGUGCCCAGGAUCAGGCCUGUGUGCCCGACCCUCAGGGGCACUGCUGGACAAGCUGGCAACUGGCCUCGAGGACAGACUCUUAUUGCCACACCUCACCCAGCCCAUUGCCGCAGCCCCCACGCUGGCCACUGCCACCGCAGCACCCACGUCCCCGGACCAUAGUCCAGCCUAAGCCCCUUGCCCCAUUCUCCAUUUCCUGUUGCGUGCACAAGGCCUCUACAGCCAGUCCUACCAGUGGCGUGAGGACCUGAUGCGUGUGCGCUGAGACCACGGGUUCUAAGGCACAAGCGUACUGCCCGUGGCUCCACGCUGCCGCAGUGCGCCUGUGCACAGCUCUCUCCAGUCACUAAGCUGGUUCCCGAGUCAUACCAAGGCACAAGCACCCUGGCUUAUCUGGAGGGAGCCAGGUGUAUUCUAAUCUGUGCUCCUGAGGAACAUUCACACGUCCUUACCCCAGUAUAGCCUCUGGAUGGUGGUAGGGCUUUCGUUGGAAGGAUAGGUCUUACCUGCAUCCAAGAGGGACAGUGCAGCUGGACUGUGUAAGGCGCAUGUGCAGAGCGCCCCUCCCAGGGCCAACUGAGCUUCUAGGCAUAUUUGGUGUGCAGUUGCAGAGUCCAUGCCAGGGCGCAUGCGUCAAGCCCGCUGGAACAUGGACUUCAGGUUGCUGAGGAUGGGUGAAGAGUGCACUGGCAUGGCUGCCAAUUCCCCAAAGCCGUUACCUCACUGGGGCGUGUGUUCCGAGUUCACUGCAGUCCAAGCCUCCUCCAAGCAAUAACCACGCCCACCGCUGCUGCUGCCCCAGCCCUGGAAGACUCCUCUCUCUGCCCUCCUCUGGGGUCUGCAACUGCCCUCCCCAUGUGAGUGGCCUGCCAGCCCCACAGCCACACAUCCAAAGAGCCCCAAGACUCAUUAGUGUUUUGAGACUUACACAAAACCCAAUCGGCCAAGAUUUCAAGUUUCCCAAGCUUUAUUUAUUGCCAAAAGAUGGGGCAGCUGAGCCACCCCGCCCCAUCCCUCAAAGCUUCCUGCAGUCUGUGUACCAUACAGUGAUGGAAUUUCUUGUUGUUUUAAUGGUUGAUUAUAAAUAUUUACUGCAUA